AUGCAAGAGUAUUCCUGCUCAUGCUUGGUGGAUAAGAUAGUGGAGCAGCUGCAGCAGUUUGUGCAGAGCUACGAUCUGGCCGCCCUGCGGGACUACUGGGGGUAUCUGGACCGGCGCCUUUUCAGCCGUUUGGAAGAUGUGUACCGGCCAACAGUGAACAAGCUGAAAACCAGCUUGUUCCGCUACUACCUCGUCCAUACUGUCCAGAGUGGCCGCAAUGACAAGGCACAGGAGUUCUUCCUCAAGCAGGCCUCCGAGCUCCAGAACCAGGCGGAGUGGAAGGAUUGGUUUGUCCUGCCCUUCCUCCCUGCCCCAGACUCCAACCCCACCUUCGCCACGUAUUUCUCACGCCAGUGGGCAGAUACCUUCAUUGUGUCCCUGCACAACUUCCUGAGCGUCUUGUUUCAUUGCAUGCCUGUUCCAGUCAUUUUGAACUUCGAGGCUGAAUGUCACAGGAGCAGUCUCAUACAAGAAGAAAAUGAAUCGUUGCGGCAUAAGCUAUUUGCCUUGCAGGCUGAAUCCUCCCGCGUGAAGAAAGAAGAGCUGGAAGUGGAAGAAGCAGUUGUGCAUCACAAACUGCCUGCAUAUGUGGCCAACAUGGACCGUCUGGGGGACUCUGAGCUUGAUAUGACCUGCAGCCAGAGGAGCACUGCACACUCUCUUCAGGCCCGGGGAGGCUUUCUGUCCUCUUUCCUCUCCCAGAGUAAAAAGGGCCCUUCCAGACCAAUCCAGCCAAGUGGGGCUUCUCCAACACAGACUGGCAGUGUGCUGCUAGGGAAGAAAGAAGCAGCAAAUCAUCAGAGUGCCAAAGGAAAGGAAGGAGCAGUGAGCAGCAAGGAUGGGAAGAGCCACUUCAGCGGGUUGGCAGCAGGUGAACUGAGCUCCCUGCAGCAGCGGCAGCGGCGCUUACAAGAGCACGGGAAGGAAAGGAAGGAGCUGCUGUCAAAAGGGACCUCCCAGGUAUCGGGCAACGCUGCGAGGCCACGAGACAUAACGGCAGCACCUCAGCCGCUGCAUGGCUGGGCCGCUGAGCAAGCGGGGUCUCCGAGCAGGCCUCCCGCCGGCAGCGCGGAGGCUGCGUCUGUCCGGCAGGAGCAGCCCUUCAUUGUCCUGAGCCAGGAGGAGUACGGGGAGCACCACUCGUCCAUCAUGUACUGCAGGGUUGAUUGUUCUGGACGAAGGGUGGCCAGCUUGGAUGUGGAUGGAGUCAUCAAAGUGUGGUCUUUUAAUCCCAUAAUGCAGACCAAAGCUUCAUCCAUUUCCAAAUCUCCCCUGCUGUCUCUGGAAUGGGCAACCAAGCGGGAUCGGCUGCUGUUGCUUGGCAGUGGGGUUGGGACGGUUCGUCUUUAUGACACAGAAGCAAAGAAGAACCUUUGCGAAAUCAGCAUUGAUGAAAACAUGCCCAGGAUCCUCUCACUUGCCUGCAGCCCAAGCGGCGCUUCCUUCGUCUGUUCUGCGGCCGCCCCGAGCCCCAUUUCCCACAUGGACUUCUCAGCGGUCAGCUGUGGAGGCAGAAGCAUGAACCAAGUUCCUGGGAAGCUGCUGCUGUGGGACACUAAAACAAUGAAGCAGCAGCUGCAGUUCUCCCUGGACCCUGAGCCUAUUGCUAUUAACUGCACAGCCUUCAACCACAACGGCAACCUGCUGGUCACAGGGGCUGCAGAUGGGUUUGUUCGUCUCUUUGAUAUGCAGCAGCAUGAGUGUGCCAUGAGCUGGAGGGCACACGAUGGGGAGGUCUACUCUGUUGAAUUCAGCUACGAUGAGAACACGGUCUACAGCAUAGGGGAGGAUGGCAAGUUUAUUCAGUGGAAUAUUCACAAAAGUGGCUUGAAGGUGUCUGAAUAUGAUCUUCCCAGCGAAGCUACAGGUCCCUUUGUGCUGUCUGGAUACAGUGGAUACAAGCAAGUCCAGUUCCCACGAGGAAGGCUUUUUGCUUUUGACUCUGAAGGGAACUAUAUGCUCACGUGUUCUUCUACUGGGGGAGUAAUUUUUAAGUUAAAUGGUGAAGAAAAGGUUCUGGAGAGCUGCCUUUCUCUUGGAGGACACCGAGCUCCAGUUGUCACAGUGGACUGGAGCAUGGCCAUGGACUGUGGAACCUGUCUUACCGCCUCGAUGGACGGAAAGAUUAAAUUAACAACUUUACUGGCUCAAAAGUCUUAACCUGGAAAGUGCAGGAGGAAAACAACAACAGACUUGAGGAAAAAAGAAAAAAGUGUUAACUUCACAGGAACAAACUGCAUGAGAGAGAAGGCAAACUACAAUCACUCUUCUCGUUUUAGCUUUUGCCUUCUGGCAAGUGUUAAGCGUAUAUGCCAAACCACUGUGCAAAAGAGUGCUGUUCUGGGACCGGAUCAGCAGCAGCACUGGAAAACAGGCAGCCUUCACUGACCCCUCGUGGCAGCUGGGCUCCCUCCGAUAGGGAGUCUUGAAGUAGUGUGUGGCUAGAGGGCUGCUGAGGUCAAGUCCAGGGCUGGGUGGGAGAAGGCAAGGAUGGAGGAAGAACGCACGAGGCAGCGCAGUGCUUGGGGCACAGAUUGCUCAGGCUGAAAAGGCCUGUGCAAAACCAGAGUAUUCCUUGGGUAUAAUGUCUUUUUC